AUGUUGCGGAAGCUCACCAUCGACCAGAUUAACGACUGGUUCACCAUCGGGAAGACGGUGACCAAUGUGGAGCUGCUGGGCUCGCCGCCCGCCUUCCCGGCUGAGGCGCCGGGCCGGGACGCGGCCGCGGCCCAGGCCCCAGCUCCAGUUCCGGCCCCGGUGGCCUCGCCCCCGGUCCCCACCCAGGCUCCGGCGCCCACGAGCCUGGCCUCGGCCUCCAGGAGGUCACUCAGCCAGAAGAGCUCAGAAACAGAGUACAUUAACAAGUACAGACAACUUGAAGCACAAGAACUCGAUAUGUAUGGCAGUGAUCCACCAACCAGUGGACCAGGUCCAAGGCUGCCUUUGGCUAAGUUAAGCAAUGUGACAUGUAUCACAGAGACAACUUAUAAAUAUCCUGAGUUGCCUAUAAAUCGAUGUAAGGAAGAGAUUAUUUCUUUGAUAGAAAGCAAUUCUGUGGUAAUUAUCCAUGGUGCCACAGGCAGUGGGAAGAGUACUCAACUGCCCCAGUAUAUCCUGGACCAUUACAUUCAGCGCUCUACCUACUGCAACAUUGUGGUUACCCAGCCACGGAAGAUUGGCGCUAGCAGCAUCGCCAGGUGGAUCAGUAGAGAACGCUGUUGGACUCUGGGUGGCUUGGUGGGUUAUCAGGUAGGGCUAGAGAAAAUAGCAACAGAAGACACCAAGUUAAUUUACAUGACCACUGGAGUCCUGCUUCAGAAGAUUGUUAGUGCUAAGAGUUUGAUGGAAUUCACACACAUCUUCAUUGAUGAAGUACAUGAACGAACUGAGGAAAUGGAUUUCCUGCUCUUGGUAGUCCGAAAACUUCUAAGAACAAAUUCGCGUUUUGUCAAGGUUGUUCUCAUGUCUGCUACCAUCAACUGUAAGGAGUUUUCAGACUACUUUGCUGUUCCUGUUCAGAACAAGAUGAACCCUGCUUAUGUUUUUGAAGUGGAAGGCAAGCCCCAUGCAAUAGAAGAAUAUUAUCUCAACGAUUUGGACCACAUUUAUCACAGUGGGCUCUCUCCACAUCGCCUGGAGGAACCACUGAUAACGAAGGAUAUCUAUGAAGUUGCUGUCUCCCUAAUUCAGAUGUUUGAUGACUUGGACAUGAAAGAGAGUGGAAACAAGACCUGGUCGGGAGCCCAGUUUGUGUCGGAGCGGAGCAGCGUAUUGGUGUUUUUGCCAGGUCUGGGUGAAAUAAACUAUAUGCAUGAGCUUCUCACCAACAUGAUUCACAAAAGGUUGCAGGUCUAUCCACUCCAUUCCAGUGUGACUUUAGAAGAACAGAACAAUGUAUUUUUAAGUCCAGUCCCUGGGUACAGAAAGAUUAUUCUGUCUACCAACAUUGCAGAGAGUUCCGUCACGGUUCCUGACGUCAAGUAUGUUAUAGACUUUUGUCUGACUAGAACUCUGGUCUGCGAUGAAGAUACGAACUACCAGAGUCUGCGGUUGAGCUGGGCCUCCAAGACCAGUUGUGACCAGAGAAAAGGCCGGGCCGGACGAGUAUCUAAAGGGUAUUGUUACAGACUGAUACACAGGGAUUUCUGGGACAGCUCCAUCCCAGACCGUGUUGUUCCUGAGAUGUUGCGUUGUCCGUUAGGAAGCACAAUACUGAAAGUGAAGCUGCUGGACAUGGGUGAGCCGAGAGCCCUGCUGGCCACGGCUCUUUCUCCACCAAGUCUGAGUGACAUCGAGCGCACCAUCCUCCUGCUGAAGGAGGUAGGAGCCCUGGCGAUUAGUGGGCAGAGAGAAGAUGAAAACCCCCAUGACGGCGAGCUGACCUUCCUAGGACGCGUGCUAGCCCAGCUCCCUGUCAACCAGCAGCUGGGCAAACUCAUCGUGCUGGGACAUGUGUUUGGGUGCCUGGACGAGUGUCUCAUUAUAGCGGCAGCGCUCUCCCUGAAGAAUUUUUUUGCGAUGCCUUUUCGACAGCAUCUCGAUGGCUAUAGGAACAAGGUGAACUUCUCUGGCAGCAGUAAGAGCGACUGCCUUGCCCUUGUGGAGGCCUUUAAAGCAUGGCAGGCUUGCAGACAGCGAGGAGAGCUGCGCCAUCCCAAGGAUGAACUUGACUGGGGACGGUUAAAUUACAUCCAAAUCAAGAGAAUUAGAGAGGUGGCUGAAUUGUAUGAAGAAUUGAAAAACAGGAUCUCUCAGUUCAACAUGUAUGUGGAUCCCCGGCGGCCUGCUCUGGACCAGGAGUAUCCGUACAAGCAGCGCUUCAUCCUGCAGGUUGUAUUGGCAGGUGCUUUUUAUCCAAAUUAUUUUACUUUUGGACAGCCAGAUGAGGAGAUGGCAGUGAAGGAGCUGGCUGGCAAAGACCCAAAGACGACAGUUGUGUUGAAGCACAUUCCUCCCUAUGGAUUUCUUUACUAUAAACAGCUGCAGUCUCUCUUUCGACAGUGUGGUCAAGUCAAAUCCAUUGUAUUUGAUGGUGCAAAAGCCUUUGUGGAGUUUGCACGGAACCCCACAGAGAGGUUUAAGGCGCUUCCUGCGGUGUACAUGGCGGUGAAGAUGUCCCAGCUGAAAGUACCAUUGGAGCUCUGUGUUCACGCCGCCGAGGAGAUUGAAGGGAAGGUGCAAGGGGGGACAGUGUCCAAGCUGAGGAGCACGAGGGUGAAUGUGGACUUCCAGAAGCAGACAGUAGAUCCUAUGCAAGUCUCAUUCAACACAUCAGACAGGUCCAAGACAGUUGCUGAUGUCUUCCUUACUAUUGAUGUCACGGAGGUGGUAGAAGUGGGCCACUUUUGGGGGUACAGGAUUGAUGAAAGGAACACAGAACUUCUUAAAAAGCUCACUGCUGAGAUAAACCAGCUGGAACUGGCGCCCCUGCCUGUUCACCCUCACCCGGACCUGGUCUGCUUGGCGCCUUUUGCUGACUGUGACAGGGAGAGCUACUUUAGAGCCCAGAUCCUUUAUGUGUCUGGAGACCACGCUGAGGUAUUCUUUGUAGACUAUGGCAAUAGAACUCGGGUAGAGCUGUGUCUUCUAAUGGAGAUUCCGAGUCAGCUUCUCGAGCUUCCAUUUCAGGCUUUGGAAUUUAAGAUUUGCAAAAUGCGACCCUCGGCGAAGUCUCUUGUUUGUGGUGAGCAUUGGAGCGGCAGAGCCAGCGGGAGGUUUGCUUCCCUUGUGAGUGGCUGUGCCCUGCUAGUGAAGGUUUUCUCAGUUGUGCACAACGUGCUGCAUGUGGAUGUGUACCGCUACUUGGGGACCCAGGACAUCGUCAACAUCAGAGACAUCCUCAUUGGAGAGGGCCAUGCUGAGCUUUCAGAGGAGUCCUAUGAGUCGAAAGCUGUGCUCCAUGGGCCCUUUAACCCAUAUGAACUGAAGUGUCAGAGUUUGACCAGAAUAUCCAAGUUCAGGUGUGUUUGGAUCGAGAAGGAGAGCAUCAACUCAGUGGUCAUCAGUGACGCCCCUGCUGACCUGCACCAGAGAAUGCUGGUGGCAGCCUCGCUCUCGGUCAACGCCACUGGGUCCACCAUGCUCCUGAGAGAGACUUCUCUGAUGCCUCACAUCCCCGGCCUCCCAGCUCUCCUCAGUAUGCUGUUUGCACCCGUGAUGGAGUUGAGGGUUGAUCGCGACGGAAAAUGCUACACUGGUGUCCUGUGUGGUUUGGGAUGGAGUCCGACCACCGAGGCCCCUGUGCUGCCUGAGCAUGACAUGGAACUGGCGUUCGACGUGCAGUUCAGCGUGGAGGACAUCGUUGAGAUCAAUAUUCUCAGGGCUGCCAUCAACAAAUUGGUGUGUGAUGGACCAAAUGGGUCCGAGUAUCUCGGACCAGAAAGAAUUGUGCAGUUACAGGAUAAUGCCCGUCAGAAACUUCUAGGCCUGUUCUGUCAGUUGAAGCCUAGAGAGAAGAUUGUUCCCAAGUGGCAUGAAAAGCCCUACGAGUGGAAUCAGGUUGAUCCGAAGCUGGUCAUGGAGCAGGCUGACCGGGAAGGCAGCCGAGGGAAGAAUACUUUUCUCUACCAGCUUCACAAGCUUCUGGUGCUCAGUCCCUAA